CUCGGCGGCCUCGGCUCGGGAGGCGGGGUAGGAGUGCGGCGUUCUUCUCUCCUCGCCACAGCCCAGGCUGUGCUCGAGUGGCGGAGAGCUUUGUCCUCGCGGGCGCAGCCGGGCGCUGACUGAUAAAUGGGUUUUUCUUCUGUGGGGAUAAAGCCAUGGCUGAAAUGAGUGAUAUCAACAUACAAAAACUAACCAUUGUUCAGCAUGCAAUAGCCUCUUGUUGUGGAGCUAUAAUUACAUCAUUAUUUGUAACUCCUCUUGAUGUUAUCAAAACUCGACUGCAAGCCCAGAGCAAUCCAUUCCAUAAAGGAAAGUGUUUUGUAUACUCCAGUGGUCUUACGAGUCAUGUAUAUGUUUGUGGACGUGGGGACAGCAAAACGUGGUAUAAAAAGCCUGGGCAUUUCAAAGGAACAUUGGAUGCAUUUGUGAAAAUUAUUCAAAUAGAGGGAAUUAAGGUGCUAUGGAGUGGGCUUUCCCCAACACUAAUAAUGGCAAUUCCUACUACAGCCAUCUAUUUUACCUGCUAUGACCAUCUGUGUGAAGCUUUGAAAAAUAGACCAGGAAAGAAUGAUGAGUAUGUUCCAGUUAUUGCAGGUUCCUUAAGCAGAUUUGGUUCUGUUACUGUGGUGAGUCCCCUGGAGCUGAUCAAAACUCAAAUGCAGUAUCGCACGUUGUCCUACAAGCAGCUGUACCUGUGUAUCAGCACCAAAGUGGCUGUGGAUGGGUGGUUCUCCCUGUGGGCAGGCUGGACUUCAACUAUUCUGAGAGAUGUACCUUUCUCAGCAAUGUAUUGGUACAAUUACGAACAUCUCAAGAAAACAAUGUGCAAGGAAGUUGGUGCAAAUGAACCUACGUUUUUUGUUUCUUUUACUUCAGGAGCAGCAUCUGGGUCUAUUGCAGCUGUCACAACUCAGCCAUUUGAUGUAGUGAAAACACAUAGGCAGACUCAACUUUGGGAGAGUGAGACCUUAAAAAUUCCACAGAAGGAUGGUAAAUCAACCUGGGCAGUUAUGAGGAAAAUUGUCGCUGGAAAUGGGAUUACUGGAUUAUUUACUGGUAUUACUCCACGGCUGUUUAAAGUUGCUCCUGCUUGUGCCAUAAUGAUCAGCACGUAUGAAUAUGGAAAGUCUUUCUUUUCUCAUUUAAAUGAAAAAAAGAAUCAACAUCCUUAAUUCUUCUUCGUCCAAUUGUAUGAAGUCAAAGUAUAUGAUAGAAGUUUUGCCAAUUUAGAUCUGUGAAGAUGCUUUUUAGAAUUCCCAGUGAAUUUCCACCAUUACAUUUGCUGGAGAGAAAAAAGAAAGGAAGAAAGAACAAAAGAAAAAAGAAAGGAAGAAGAGAAGAAAAACUGAGGCUGGACAUAGCAAUGAAGAAUAGUGACUUCCACUGGGUUAAAUUUUCAGUCAUGAUUAAACAUUUUGGUUGGGUUUUAAAAUUACAUUUAAAAAUGUUUUGUGCUUCCAAUUGAAAGACAUUUAUUUCUCAGUAAGGAGGUUGAUACAGAGUGAAUUCAAUAAAUAUUUAUUCUUGCUGCUUG